AUGGACCCGGCGGUGAUGCUUACAUAUCACUCGCCGGUGCUGCAGCAGCGGUGCUACGACGGCGGCUGCAGCGGCGUGGCGAGCGGCGAGCGGCUCGGCAAGCAUCAAUGCCCACCAAGUUUGAACGGCGGUUCCGAGGCCCAGGGCAAGCGCGAGAUCGCCGCCUUCUUCGCGCACGUCACGCACGAGACAGGGCAUUUCUGCUACAUCAGUGAGAUCAACAAGAACAACGACUACUGCGACCGGGGCAACAGGCAGUGGCCGUGCGCGGCGGGGAAGAAGUACUACGGGCGCGGCCCGCUGCAGAUCUCGUGGAACUACAACUACGGGCCGGCGGGGAGGAGCAUCGGCUUCGACGGGCUCGGGAACCCGGACAGGAUCGCGCAGGACCGCGUGAUCUCGUUCAAGACGGCGCUCUGGUUCUGGAUGAACAACGUGCACGGGGUGAUCUCCCAGGGGUUCGGCGCCACCACCAGGGCCAUCAACGGCGCCCUCGAGUGCAACGGGAAGAACCCCGACCAGAUGAAUGCGCGCGUGCGCUACUACAGACAGUACUGCCAGCAGCUUGGCGUCGACCCCGGGAGCAACCUCACCUGCUAGGGGUGUUGCUUGGGUUCAUGGAUGCCUGCUUGGUUCUUCAAGAAUAAAGGAUGCUCGAUCGGCGUCGCAUACCAGAAAUGGCGCCGGGAGCGAAACCCAGAGCUUAUGUACUAGUAUUCUAGUAGUUGCAGCAAUAAAAAAUGCAGGGCUGGGCGAGCACUUGGCAAGUAUCUAUGGUUCCAGCGUACAUUGCAAGUGUUUGUAAGCGUUCGGAGCAGAAAUAAUUACUGAAAGUGUCCUAUUAUUAAGUAACAAAAUGUGCCAUGAGAA